AUCAAUAUCAAUAUAUGUACAUUUGUAUCAACAUAAAGCACUUGCGAUUCAGGUAGUCGGGACAUAACCGCGGCUGCUGAAUUUCACUCUAAGCGGAUAUUUUGAAACUAAGGAACGUCAUGUCGGGCGAGAAUUGUUACGUGUUCCCAUUUGACGAGAAGACCUUGAAGAAAGCGAAGAAGGAACUGAACGAGAAUCCUGCAGAUAGGGCGGAGAAGAUCGAUUGUUUACGGCAGUGGGUGAAGAGUCAUCCUUAUCUGACGGCAAGGACAGACGAUGCUUUCCUGCUCCGUUUCCUCCGAGUCGCCAAGUUCUCACUUCUCGUCGCCCAGCAGAGAAUCGAGAACUUCUGCGUGGUGAGGUCCUCGGAGAUAGAUGGGGAGAUACCGUGGUUCAACCCCUGCAGGGUCGAUGAUGAAAUGAUCAAGGAGUUUCGCCAGGGGUUCAUGGCCCUGCUGCCAGGGGCGGAUGACGAGGGGAGGCUGGUCAUGUUGACCAAGUUCGGUAAUGUGGACGGCGCAAACAUUGACAUUGACCGAAUGAGUCGCUGCAUGUUUUUGGUUCUUGAUUCGUGCAUGAUGGAUGAGAGGGGCCAGAUCAACGGGGUCGUCUUCAUUGAAGACGUGGAAGGUGUGACAUUGAAGCUCAUCAACCACUUCACCCCCGAUAUGAUGCAGAGGGGCAUCAGAUGCUGGCAGGACACAUACCCUUGGCGCCUGAAGGAGUUCCACUACAUGAACAUGGGCAACGUGUUUAACACCUUCCUCGAGAUGUUCAAGAUGAUGCUGAAGGAAAAGUAUAGGAAGAGGGUAAAGAUCCAUUGGAAUAAGAGCUCUUUCGCCAAGUACGUCCCGAAGAGGAUGCUGCCUAGUGACUACGGCGGAGACGCACCCUCGUAUCAACAGAUCGUUGAAAACAACCUCCAGAACCUGCUUGCUAACCAAGCCGAGAUCGAAUCCCUCGAGGUAUGCCGUGUGGACGACGCCAAGCGGCCGCGGGAGACACCAAAGGGCGAUAGUUGGGGUAUGGUGGCAGGGUCCGAUCAACAGGUGGCUGGAAGCUACAGAAAGAUCAACACUGACUAGAGAUUAGACAGAGUUUCACGUCAAGACGAGCCACAUGUCGCAUGACCUGACCUCUGGUGGCGACAUUGAGACAAUGGCCAUGCCAUCAUAAAGUGAUGUCUGCAUAAUAGUACGUUGUAGCUUUGAAUAGAUAUUCUUGCCAAAAUACCUUGUUUUCAUAUUCUUUUCUAAUUGUACUCAGUGGUAAGUCAAAGGCCGGAUGGUGUAAUACGAUAUACGUGUAGGCUAGUAUUAAAACGCACAUCUGUCGGCGUUUCUGUUUUUAAUAUCGGUGUUUAACUUUCAUGGGAAUUGCGCUUUGUAUGCCCAAAACGAUACAGUGAAACCUUUACUGAUGUUAUUUCUUUAUGGUAUGGCGUAUUUUACAGUAUGUAGCUGGUAGUAUUGUUAAGUGUUGGCUCUCUAAACCGAAAUGGCAGCAUUUCUGUAAAUAUUUUGCAAAAACUAAAUAUUUUGUCACACAGUUUGCGUUUUGAUUUAGUUUAGAUAAGCGAAAUGCAUAAAUGCACGAGAUCGAGAUCGUCCAAGUUGUGCAAUGUUGGAUAUAGAAUGUUCGGCGCCCCCGUUUCACAAAAUGUUUGGCGAUUUCGCACAAAAAAUGAGUUGAACAAAUGUUUCAUCUGAAACUAUAAAGUCAGUCCAAACUAUUUACUUAUAGCGAGUUUGCGAGAAACGAAGAUAGCAUGACAGACCAAGAACGAGCAAUUUGAAGCUGAGUAUACUGACAAAUUUUCCAAGCCAAUUCAGACUUCUUUUGCGUGCAGACCAAUUGUUGAUGGAUAUGUAAGAUUUCUCUUGUAUGAAACGACUGGACGAAAUAUAUUACUGAUAUUCAAGUCAGGUUGAAGGUUAUUUGAAAGCGGACCUUCAAACCAUAACGCGUUCAUCUCGACAUCUGUUCAUGAGUGUUUCGGAAUGAGAAACGUUUCAUUUAUUCAGCAUCCUCUCUUUGUGUUAUUGUAAAGGGACGGAAGAGUUAUUCGUUAAUAAAUGUUCGUAGAUAUUAA